AUUUGCUAACUGAAGGGCAAGUCAAAAUAAAAUGCGCAAGGCUUCGACUGUGCAGCUCAUAUGCCUGGAGCCAAUGAUCUCUGCCGAGUACGACGGGGACAAUGUUGGUCUCGGAUGACUUGUUACAGGCAGUGCUGGAGACAACCAAUGCUUGGACCUGGCUAAAGAAUGGUUCCACCGAUGUACUCGCUCGCACGGCAAAGCAUGUGCGUUGAUCGAAGACGAGCAGUCCCGCGAGACUCGUUCAUAUCCCACCAGACGAAGCCGAACCCUUGAGAGUAUGUCUUAUCCAAGGCUUGAGAGGGCAGUAUGCGGCUUUGUCGUACGUUUGGGGAGAGGGCUCCAGAUUACAGACAACAACAGCUACGCUCAAUGACAGAAUGUCAGGCUUCCGAGCGAGCAUACUCCCAAAGACGCUUCGAGAUGCGGUCCAUGUGGCCCGAAAAUUUGGUCUAGAAUGGAUCUGGGUCGACGCUCUGUGCAUCAUCCAAGGAGAUACCACUGAUUGGAACUGGGAAUCCUCCAAGAUGGCUUCGAUAUAUGAGAACUCAGCGUUGACCAUAUGCGCUGAUCUUGCCUCGGACACAGACACUGGUAUUCUGCUACCGCGAGACCUGAAAGUUUCGAACCGAUUCGGAGCGAAUGAAGAACUUUUGUCUUCAACACAUCUCUCAAGACUGGAUGCACAUGUGCCACCAGCCGCUCUAUUUACGCGGUUGGGCGUUUCAGGAACGCAUCCUGGCCUCACGUACUCUUCAUUUUCUGGACGACCAGAUCGCUUGGGAGUCCAAUACCACGCUAUAUCGAGAAGGUUUCCGUGGACGCCAGGCUUACGCCCCGGAUCAUUUCGCGAAACACCAACUUGCCGCAUACUCCCAUCAAGGACGAUGCCCAGAACCCCCAAAGAGUAGCCAUGGGCAAGACAUCGAUCUGCGAGUACGCAUCUCCAAGUGGAAUGACGUGAUCCAAGAAAUGGCCAUGCGUUAUUCCACUGUGGAUACGGACACGCUGCCUUCGGUGUCUGGCCUCGUCUCUGCGAUCCAGACACUAGAGCUAAGUCAGUACUUUGCCGGCGUGUGGUAUGGGGAUCCGUUUUCGU